AGCAGCUGGAAGGCAAUGGUGGAAGAAGGUGGUUACCUCUCACUCUGGAGAGGAAAUGGAAUGAAUGUGACAAAAAUAGCACCAGAGACUGGCAUCAAGUUUCUAGCUUAUGAUCAGUAUAAGAAGUUUUUUGAUGAUACCCACUCCAAGCUAGAUAUCCAUGAACGCUUUAUAGCAGGAUCGCUCGCGGGGGUAACUGCUCAGACCAUCGUUUAUCCAAUGGAGGUACUGAAGACAAGACUGGCAUUGGGGCAAACAGGACAGUACAAGAGCAUCACAGACUGUGCAAGGAUCCUUAUCAAAAAUGAAGGCAUCUUUGCCCUUUAUGUAGGGUACAUUCCAAACCUUCUGGGCAUCAUCCCUUAUGCAGGGAUUGAGCUUACUGUGUAUGAAAGUGUGAAGAAAGCCUACUGCCAGAGUUCCGGCAAAAACCCAAGUGAACCUGGAAUCUUUGUUCAUCUUGGCUGUGGCACUAUCUCCAGCACCUGUGGUCAGUUGGGCAGCUACCCUUUGGCACUUGUGAGGACCAAGAUGCAAGCACAUGCCAUUGUCAGAGGUGGGCCACAUGUGAGUAUGCACCAGCACUUCUACAAUAUCAUACGAGAAGAAGGCUUAUUUGGUCUUUAUCGAGGAUUCACACCUAACUGCAUGAAAGUGGUCCCUGCUGUGAGCAUCAGCUUCGUUGUUUAUGAAGAAAUGAAAAAUAUCCUUGGCCUCACCUCAAAUUAA